GAAACGUUUAUAAUGUUCUUACCUGAUAUCAGAUAUUGCAGCGAAGCUACUCAGGUUUUGAUAAAGUAAGAUUUUAACAUGCAUAUCUAAAUUCUGGUAUUUUAAAUAGAUUGAUUACAAAUUAUUAUGUUUUUGCAUCUCUUAUUUCAAACUUGCUAUAUUUUCAGAAACAAAACAAGGAAACAUGUCUUUUGCUUUAUCAUCACUUGUUGAUAAUAAGUUUAACAUUAUUAGCAAUCGCUAUAUUGAGGAGAAUAAGCUUGUAAAUUUGAUGAUAUUAGCAAUCGCUAUAUUGAAUAUUAUCGUCUACAAGCUCCGUGAAUUUCAUGAAGCCAAGUAUAAUGAUAAAGACAAGAAGGUGGUUUUGCUGCCACCAGGGCAGAUAUGUCGUCGCUUCUCACUCAAUGAGAUUUUAUGUGCAACACACAACUUUGAUGAUAAGUAUCUGAUCGGCCAGGGAGGCUCCGCGAAAGUCUACAAAGGAUUGGUUGAUGAUGGAGCAACUAGUGUUGCUGUCAAGAGAUUGAGCUUCAUUUCCAAACAAGCUGGAGGAGGUUCAGUGUUCUUGUCAGAAAUUGAGAUGCUUUCCAAGUUUAGGCACAGUCACUUGGUCAGCCUUAUAGGCUAUUGUGAUGAAUUGGAUGAAAUGAUCCUUGUAUUUGAGUAUGUUCCUAGUGGUACACUAUCUGAUCACCUGCAUCGAAGUUUUGAGAAAGGUUAUGAGUCCCUGUCAUGGAUUCAGCGGUUGAGGAUUUGUAUUGGAGUUGCGCAGGGGUUGAACUACCUUCACACUGGAACGAGCACUCAUCAAAGAGUGAUACACCGUGAUGUGAAGAGUACUAAUAUUUUGUUGGAUGAUAACUUGGAAGCUAAGAUUGCAGAUUUUGGGAUUUCCAAGAUUGUGGAAGCAAAUCAGGGAUACACUUAUGUGAGUACAGUUGUCAGGGGCACCUUCGGGUAUAUGGAUCCAGCAUAUUUUUUGACUGGCAGAUUGACACGGAAAUCAGAUGUGUAUGCUUUUGGAAUUGUUCUGUUUGAGGUAUUGUCUGGAAGAAGAGCAGUGGAUUUUAGCCUGGAUGAUGAGCAAUUAGGUUUAGCUGGAUGGGCAGAGCAUUGUGUCAAAGAAGGAAGGAUAAAUGAGAUAAUUGAUUCUGAUCCAAAGAUGCAGAUAUCACAAAGUUCUUUAUUGGCUUUUGUAAAAAUUGCAUGCCAAUGCCUCAAUAGAAAGCCUAGUUGCAGACCAACAAUGGCUGAAAUUGUGGUAGUUCUUGAGUUUGCAUUGUCAUUGCAGAAAAAUUCAGAUUCUACACUAGUUGAGGGGGCAGUUAUUGCAAGUGAUAGUGGACAAUAUUCUACAGCAAUGGAAGUAGUACAUGGUAAGGAUCAAAAUAAGCCAUUUCAGAUUAAUCAUACAAGGACAACACUCUCAAGGAAGGUCUGCCAGAUUCUCUCAACCUCGAUCCGGGCAUUAUCUGUCAAUAGUCAUGCUAAGAAUUUAUUCUACAACGGAAACAAAAACAGCAGGGUAGAUAGCAGAGUGAGCCUGAAUAAAAUUGGCAUAGUUCCAGAGGCAAGGGGCCUAUUGGCAAGUGCAAAUUUAAAGAUGUUUAGCUUAGCUGAACUGGAAAGUGCAACAAGAGGCUUUAGUCCAGACUUUUUAUUUUGGGGAAAUAGUUAUGGAAGGAAUUUCAUGGGUUGGCUUGAUGAAGACACGCUGGCUCCCUCAAGAAUUGGCAUUGGGAUGUCAGUUGGUAUCAAGUGUAUGAAUCCAUUUGGAAGAUUCAGAACUAUGCAGGCAGAGGUGGAUCUAGUUGGAAAAUUUUAUCAUCCGAAUGUUAUAAAGCCUUUGGGCUUUUGUUUCAAAGGCCAGGAGCUCCUGCUUGUUUAUGAAAAUGCGCCAAAGGGAAACGCAGCAAGAUACACGUACAAAGAUGAAGGGAAAUCACUUUCCUGGGUUGUUUGGCUCAAAAUAUUAACAGGAGCAGCGAGAUAUCUGGAUUUUCUACAUUCCUCAGACGAUCAUAUCAUCUUUUGCGACUUUGCGCUCUCUAGUAUAUUCCUGGACUGGGAUUUCAGUCCAAAGAUUGGUUUUGGUGGAAACGCAAGAUUUGGCCCUGAGGAUGGCGAUACACUUGUGACAGGCAUUCCUAAUAUAAAUGCACUACGUUGUUCAGGAUCAGAAGCCUAUUUAUCUCCAGAAUACAGAGAAGCUGGCCACCUGAGCUCGAAGACCGAUGUUUAUGCUUUUGGCGUGGUGCUACUGGAAAUUCUGACAGGAAUGCGGGUGGUUGACGCUGACAGGAGGAAUAAGAAUAAUAAUUUGGUGGACAAGGUCAGACCUAUUCUAGCAUGCGAAAGAAAGUUUAAGACGGUUGUGAACCUAAAGCUGCUAGAGAAAGAGAAUUGUCCACAGAUUGUACACUCAAUUUUAUCAAAUGUUCCUGCACUUGCAUUAAAAUGUCUUGAUCUUGACCCUAAAAAACGACCCUCAAUGAGACAAGUAGUGGAGACCUUGGAAGAGCUUAGUAACAUUAUAAAGUAAUUGAUACACUUUAGAAUGCAUCUUCUCCUUACAAAUUUUGUUAGGUUUGUUUAAGGAAGUGAGUUAAGUUGUUAGGUAAAAGUGAAAAGAUAUCUGGAAGAACAGUGUUUUCACCAUAUUCUGGUUUGAGUGUCUGUGAAUUUGUUCACCUGUAAAUUUGAAUAAAGGUUAUUUCUACUCUACA